ACGAUUCGUAACUUUCGUUUUUAUGAGUUUGCGGGGGAAGAGUGCGUGUAUGUGUGGAUAUGCAAUGUGUCUGCAAAAUUUGAGCGAUUAAAAAAAACUCAACCUUCGAAUUCAAAUGGAAUCGCUCUAAAGAGAAAUGCAUUCGAGAGUACAGGCAGUAAAACGCCAUACAUGUGCAUUAUCUGGAACAGACGUCUGCAAAAAAAAAGGAUCCAGAUUACAUGUGCAAGGUUUGACCGCCAAUACAAAGCUUGGGCGAAAGCCAAUUCUGCCGCAGAAACUGGAAAAACUUUUGGUGAGUUACUUACUAGAAAUGGAAAGGCGAUUUUUCGGUAUGACGUGGACAGACUUGAAAAGACUGGCAUUUCAGUUGGCAAGAUCAAACAAUUUGCCAUCUACGUUUAAUGGUGAUGAAGAGAUGGCAGGUAAAAAGUGGCUGAAAUUGUUUAUGGCUAGGAAUCCGACAUUGAGCUUUAGAAAACCAGAAUCAACAUCGAUCGCCAGAGUACGUGGAUUUAAUCGUGAAAGUGUAAAUUAUUUCUUCGAUCUAUUAGAAGAAGUUGGAAUCGAUAAAUUUCCACCACAUCGAAUAUACAAUGUAGAUGAGACAGGAGUUAGCGUCGUCCAAUCGAGAAAACCGGAAAUUAUUGCUCUAAAAGGCAAGAAGCAAGUUGGAGUUUUGUCAGCUGCAGAAAGAGGCGCUUUAAUAACGGUAGUUUGUUCGAUGAGCCCUGCUGGAAGUUUUGUACCGCCAGCCAAGAAAAUACCGCCUCCUUCGGCAAAAGACGGUGCGCCAGCUGGUGUCACAGUUCUGGUUGGAUUCAAACGUCAAUUUUCACGGAUUGGUUUCGAAACUUCUUGAAAUUUGUAAAACCGACCGAAGAAGAUCCUGCGCUGCUAAUUUUAGAUGGUCAUUAUAGUCAUACUCGCAAUUUGGAGGUUAUCGAACUGGCCCGGUCGAAUUUUGUUACUUUGCUGUCAAUCCCACCUCAUACCAGCCAUCGACUACAGGCGCUGGACAUCACCUUUAUGGGUCCUUUUAAAACCUACUACGCUAACGAAAUCAGAAACUUCUAUUACGAGUUCAAACGACCGGUUGAGGUAAAAGAUGUCGCUCGAUUAGUGGGAAACGCAUUCCAUCAAACUUGCCAAUACAACACUGCCUAUAAUGGAUUCAAAAACAGCGGCAUCAGCCCAUAUAACAAAAAUAUCUCUCCCGGCUCUGUUUAUCGAAGAAGCGAUUGGCAUUAAAAAAAGAGGUUGAGAUAAUUCCAAUCGGAGUACAGACAGAUGGCUCGAAAAUUGCGAAACCUGUGGAUACGCCAUCUCCUCAAAUUCGACCAAUCAGGACUUUACCUCCAAAGGCCGAAUCUGCAACGCCUUCCAUCUCCAUUCCGACAACACCUAAUCAGUCGUCUACUCCAACUGUGGCCACACUAUUGGUAAACUAUUUCUCUCCUGAAUAUAUCAGAGAAAUACCUGCUCUAAUAAACAAAAAAGCGACGAAUAGAGGCAGACCAGCUUAGAAAUCAACCAUUCUAACGACAUCUCCUUACAAAAAUGAAUAAGCAAGAUCGAUAGCUGCCAAAGAGAAGCGAGAAGCAAAAAAAACUGCAAGAAAAAUGGACCGUACAAAUAAUUCUAGAAAGAAAGAAAAAAGUGCUCCAAAAAAUCUGAAAAAAUGUGCGCAAAAUAUCACGAAAAGUUCCUUACCGACUAGCGACUCAAAACCUAAGAAAACGUCCACGCUGACCAAAACCUCUGAUACCGAGAAACCCGGUUGUAGCGGUGUUCUUCCCAGAGAACGCGUCGUGAAGUACUCUUCUUCCAGCGAAAGCGAAGAUAUCGGGAAUAUCAAUGACGAUGGUG